GUGAAUGCCAUAGAAAAAAAGAGAUGUCCGACACAAAUGUGUCCACGAAAUAAAGGUCUAGAGAAGAAACCUGAAACUAACAAGUCCAAAGAUAAAUGUGGUAGGUGUGGUUACGAUAAGACCCACAAGAAAAGUCCAGCAAUGGGACAACAGUGUGGACUCUGUAAGACGAUGAAUCAUUAUGCAAAGUUCUGCAGAUCAAAAGAAGUCCACAAUCUUGAAGACGUAGAGGACUCCGGUCCAGAAGAAGAAGAAAGUGAGAAGGAAUUACCCCUCUUUGUGUUCUCAUUGGAAUCAAGCAGUGUGAAGGAAGAUGCGCAGUUCUAUGAAACUGCUGAAAAAGAAGGUGCUCAGGUGCGACUUCAGCUGGAUAGUGGUGCAAAAGCAAGUGACAUGUCAGCAAAGGUCUACAGCAACCUCAGACGUGGAUCCCCACCACCCCUGAAAAGACAAGCACAGCAUUGAUUUCCUUUUCCAAGCACAAACUGAAACCUAACGGCGAAGUUGUGCUGACUACGAGAUACAAAGAUCAGGUGGAAGACGUACGAUUUUUCGUCGUGUCUGGGAUUGAAUCGGUGCUUAAUGGACACAAAUGCAUUAAACUUGGCUUUCUGAAGAAAGUACAUCAACUCACAUGCAAGAAACCUGGCGCAAAGGUGGAGCUGGAUGAUUUCCCAGAGCUCUCCACGGCAUUGGGAUGUAUGCCUGGCACUUAUCACAUACAAAUGGCCAACACUUUCAGCAUUUUAGACACCAAGAGUUAA